GUCCGGUGUCGGGGGGGUUCGUCGGUAGCUCACUGGGGCCCCCUGCAGUGCCGCUGGCCCGUGGAUGGACUGCCUGGGGCCCGAGGGCUUCCCUGCCGCCUCCCGUGAGAGUCCGCGGCCCCGCUCUGCGGGCGGGGGAAUAAACGCGCGCGCUGGGCUGGAGGAGGCGCCUUGGCCUGGGAAGACACUUGACAUCUGUGCUCGUUCGACCUGGCUGAAGAUGAUGCUCGCGAAGCGGACUUGCCAGUGUUGGAAGCGUCUCUCUUCCUUGCCAGCCUUGGUCCUGGUUAACUGUUGUGUCUUGCUGGCGAGCGCGGAUAAUACCAGUCAGGCGUAUUACACCGCCCUCAUCAAUGUGACUGUGUUGAACCCCGACCGAGUCAGCCCUACCUUACUCAGGAUCGAUCGUGGACGCUACGGGCAGGAUUCCCCCAAAGUGGAGGUCAAAGGCCUGCUUCUGGCCCCAGUGCCUAUCAACGGAGUGGUGGAUCGUCUGGGCUGUGAUCCUCGAACACGUUUCCAUGUUCCUCCAAAUACCAAGCAGUGGAUUGCCUUGCUGCAACGAGGAAACUGUACAUUUAGAGAGAAAAUAUUGCGAGCAGCUUCACAUAAUGCCACAGCUGUGGUCAUUUACAACAAUAUAUCCAGUGAGGAACCUGUCACUAUGACUCAUCAAGGAACUGGAGACAUUGUUGCUGUCAUGAUUACAGAGUCCAAGGUAAAGGAGAUCCUAAAUUACUUGGAAAAGAACAUCUCUGUCCUGAUGGCAAUAGCAGUUGGAGCCCGUGUUCCUCCAAAGAAUUUUAGUCGUGGCUCUCUAGUUUUUGUGUCAAUAUCAUUCAUCGUUUUGAUGAUAAUUUCAUCAGCAUGGUUAAUAUUUUACUUCAUCCAGAAGAUCAGAUACACAAAUGCACGUGACAGGAACCAGCGUCGUCUUGGAGAUGCUGCGAAGAAAGCCAUCAGCAAAUUGACAACCAGGACAGUAAAGAAGGGUGAUAAGGAAACAGACCCAGACUUUGAUCAUUGUGCUGUCUGUAUCGAGUGUUACAAGCAGAAUGAUGUUGUCCGUAUUCUGCCAUGCAAGCACGUUUUCCACAAAGCCUGUGUGGAUCCUUGGCUUAGCGAACACUGUACCUGUCCUAUGUGUAAACUGAACAUUUUGAAGGCUCUGGGAAUUGUACCAAGUGUGCCAUGUACAGAUAACGUAGCCUUUGAUAUGGAAAGGCUCACCAGAGGCCAGCCAGCCAAUAGACGAUCAGCACUUGGUGACUUUGCCAAUGACAACUCACUAAACCUGGAGCCCCUGCGCACUUCUGGGAUGUCACAGCUUCCACAGGACGGGGAAAUAACUCCAAGGACAGGGGAGAUCAACAUUGCCGUAACAAAAGAAUGGUUUAUUAUUGCCAGUUUUGGCCUCCUCAGCGCCCUCACACUCUGCUACAUGAUCAUCAAAGCUACAGCUAGCUUGAAUGCUGACGAAAAUAACCUGAGACUGGCCUCCCAAAAGCAACUGCACAACCGCAUUGCAUAGUCCAGAGGCUCCUGGCAUUGGGCAGUAAUUUCCCAGUGGUUUAGAAGCAAGACUCAAACCUACGGCAGUGUUGUGAAGAAUUCUAGUAACAGAUAUUCUUCGCUCAUUAUAGUAAGCAAUGAUGUGGGGAACACAGACCGCAUUCACCAUUUUUAGCCCUGUAUAAUUUUCUCACUGACUUUUGACAGUUUUUAGUUAAACAUUCAGUAUUAACUUUAA